CUCUCUCUCGGAAAGAUGUCGGACACGGCAGUAGCUGACACUCGGCGCCUUAACUCGAAGCCGCAGGACCUGACCGAUGCUUACGGGCCGCCAAGUAACUUCCUGGAGAUCGACAUCUUUAAUCCACAGACUGUGGGCGUGGGCCGCGCGCGCUUCACCACCUAUGAGGUUCGCAUGCGGACAAACCUACCUAUCUUCAAGCUGAAGGAGUCCUGUGUGCGGCGGCGCUACAGUGACUUUGAGUGGCUAAAAAAUGAGCUGGAGCGAGAUAGUAAGAUUGUAGUACCACCACUGCCUGGGAAAGCCUUGAAGCGGCAGCUUCCUUUCCGAGGAGACGAAGGGAUCUUUGAAGAGUCCUUCAUUGAAGAAAGGAGGCAGGGCCUCGAACAGUUUAUUAACAAAAUUGCUGGGCACCCACUGGCUCAGAACGAACGCUGCCUACAUAUGUUCCUGCAGGAGGAGGCAAUAGACAGGAACUACGUCCCUGGGAAGCAAACCUCUGUUUUCCUGACUAAAUUGUAAAUUUAGUAUUUUCUAGUGUCCAGGAUAUGCUGGGUAUUGUGAAGAAAUUAUACAUGGCCACUGUCCUGAGGUAUAAUAAGUAAGUUCUGCAUUUAAAUAUAAAAUAUGCAGAGUCCUAGCUGCCUUUAACAAUAUUUGCCUAUCCUUCUUGCAACUGACAUUGUCACAGAGGCAGUGCAUCUGCUUGUAGGAAGUAGCAGUAGGCUCAGUACCUGUGGUUUGGAUCAGAUUUAGCAGAUCUGGUUUUUAAUCUUGUGGGGUUUUGCUGAUUUGGGCAGACUGUAUUUAUAGUAUAUAUAUGUAUUGCCUGUGUAUACAUAUGUAACGUAUACACACACACACGCAGACACGCUUAUCUCCCCAACAUACCCACACACCACCAACACAGACACAAACAUACACAGUAUUUUCUUUUAGAGGCUUUUUAAUUCAGUUGAGACUUUGGUCUUUGUUUUUGUUUUUUUCCCAAGUAGAUCUGAAACAGGCAGAAAGGUGGGUGAGAUCUGAGAACUUUUGAUGGGUGAAUAUUUUCAUCUGACCAAUAUGUUCUGAAAUAGCCUCCUUACACAAUGUGGGUUUGGGGGAAGGUUUGGAAUGAGGGAACUAGGAGUCUUGUCAUUUAGGAAGUCAAAGCUAGUUUUAAUCUUGUAGGUCAACACGGAAAGAAAAUAUACAAAGUGAUAUGGUCAAAAUAUUAGGAAAUUAAAGUGACUUAGCAGUGAUGUUUGGGUUUAAGUGGAAGAGUGGAGGUUGAAUUGGGGAGGUUAAAAGGUUUUGGUAGUUUAGGAAUGAGAUGACUAUAAAGAUAUCUGAAGGGAUAAUGGAAGAAUAGGUGUUUCUGUGAGAUAAUAGGAAGGAAUAAAGGAAAGGAAAAGUAAAGAGAUGGAAAAUAAUGUCCCACCCUUCAUCGGCAACAGAGUUAAGAGAAUGAACUGGAGAAUGACUACAAAAAGCAGCUAUAAAAUAAAGUGUUAACAAAAUUUUGGACAGAUAACAUUUAGUUAGCAAGUAUUGAUUAAUAACCUUUUGUGUGCUGAGCCCUAUGCUAACAGCUGGGCUGGGGGUGGGUGGUGGUACAAGUAAAAUAUGAUUGUAUUCUCUUUCUUCAUAGACCUUAGAGUUCAGUUCAAGAGAUGUCUAUACAGGACAAGACAAUGCUAGAGACAAAAUAAGAAGUUCAGGCACAUCUAGUUAGUUAGGUAAAAUCCCUUUCUUUGGAGUCAGAUUGGCCAUUUUAAUACAGUAACUAGAUUCUGAAAAACCUUUUACUCAGCACUAAGGAGAAGCAUACUUUUAUAAGGAAUUCAUGUUUACACAUGUAGCUAGGUGUGUGCUCCUAAUUAAUCCCCUUUACCAAUAGCACAAGGAGCUGUGGUGAUGGAACAGUUAAGCACUUGGCUGCUAACUUAAAGGUUGGCAGUUCAGACCCACCCAGUGGCUUCUCGGGAGAAAGACCUGGCGAUCUGCUCCCAUAAAGAUCAUAGUCUAGAAAACCCUAUGGGGCAGCUCUGCUGUGUCACAUGGGGUUGCUACGAGCUGAAAUCGACUCGACAGCACCUAACACCACCACCACUAGCACAGAAAGGGUUCAGCCUUACACUGAGGCCUGGGGAACAGAGGCUAGCAAAAAAUUUUGAACAUAGUAGCUAGACUCAAAAGAAGCCUAAAUCUUCACAUUCCAAAGAUGCCUUACCUACCCUUUUACCCACUCUUUAAGAGCAAGAGUUGAGCUAGUAAAGGUGGGAGAGGUGGGUGAUGUUCAGGCUAUUGUGGAGUUUUUGUUUGACAUGAUAUCCUUCCUAGGUGAGACACUUCUGUGUUCAAAUAUAUGCUGUAAUUAAGUAAAAUUAUUUUGUGCUGUGGAAAUGGAGAUCAGCUGCUCAUCAAAACGGAUAUUUCUUCAUAUACUUGAAGACUGUUGAGUCAUCCCUGUUUUCUUUUCUUAGACACAGUAACAGUGCUAAUUUUUCCUCACUUGGCUCAUUUUUAACCCUUUUAUAUUUACUAUUCUGAAAUUUCUCCAAGGCCUUCACAUAUGCCCUAAGUAGUAAAUCUAAAACUGGACACCACUGAAGGUUAGGUGGUGGUUAUUCCAUUUAUACCUCACAGUAUUGUGACUAAUUUAGCUGGUGGUUCUGUAUUACUCCCUUCCCCACCUCCUACCAUCCCUCAUUCUUUUCUUUUUUACCUUGCUUGUACAAAAAACAAUUAUUCCCUAUUUUAAUUUUAUUCCCUCCCUCCUGCCCUCUUUCCUCUUCCCAUCUCCUCCUCCCUAUAUAUGCUUUUAAAAACAGAAAACUGAUUCCUUACAAAACAGACAAACUAGAGGUAAUUAUCAACAUUACAGAAAGGAUUCUUUAAAUCUUGGCAGGCUUUCUUUAAAUAGGUGCUUCCUGUGGUGGUUUUAAGUGUUGGUAUAUAGAUCAUCAACUAUUUGAUGUAGAGAAAAAGGAGAGUUAAGAAAAAAAAAAAAAAA